GAGAUGUUUACAAAAAUUUAGUGGAGUACAGUUGUCAUUGAAUAUAGUUGUCACUGAAUAUAGAUGUCGUCUUUGUGCUUGAGUAAAGAAAUUUUGAGUAGAGUUGAGUAUUCGCCAAAAAAAUAACAUCAUCGGUUACUUGUGGUUUUUGAAUGUUGUGCUUAUUCUAACCUAAAAAGUAAAUGUAAAAGAUCGCGAUAAGUCGGCAAAGAAAAUAAAUACAAUUUUUUAAUAAUUAACACUGACAUAAAAUUUGUAUAUUAGAUUUUACAAUCACAAAUAACCUCAUCUGAAAUAAUCUUAAUUGAUACAAUGAGUGAAUUUAAGUUACAUACGCUAAUAAGUGAUUUAAUUGUAGUAUUAGAAUCUUCACACAGUCCAGAAAAAUUUAUUGAAAACAUUCCAUUAAAUGCUAUUACAUUAGAAAAUAUUCCAUCUAAAAAUUCAAUCUGUUAUUUAGAGAAAAAUUCAGUAACUAAUGAAUUGUUUUUGAAAAAAUAUAAUGAAUUGAAAGGAAAGAAAAUUGACGGCUUAGGUUCAUUUAUUCAAGUAUUAUAUCACAUAUCAUUAGACAAAUCAUUAAAAAAUUAUUUAGCAAAAUACAGAAUUAAAAAUAAUUUAAAGCUUCCAUCAUCAUUUACAAUAACUAAUGAUGAUUUACCUACAAUACAUAAAAAUAUAUUAAAAGCAGCGAAUGAACGUGAGAAACAAGCAACAAAAAAAAUGCAUGGGUUCAACAGACCAACUGAAACGUCUGUCAUUAAAUACAACUGGUGUUCUGAACGCCCUAAAAUAACGUGGGAUUAUUAUUCAGAUAUAAAACUGAAUCCUUAUCUAAGAGUAGUGCCGGCUGUUUCUCAGGAAACUAUAUUAAUCUGGGAUUUGUUAAAUUGUUUAAAAGGAAUUGACGGUAACUAUAUCGUAUCAGAACCAUUAAGUGAUAUUAAUGAUAGACGUACAUUUACUAUUUCAACUGAUGUUAGUACACCGUACAAGCAGUUAGUACAACAAAUUUUACCUCUUGCUUCUUGUUACUCAACGACUAUCAGAUUUGUUGAAGAUAAAAUCCUACCCAACGAUGGUCAAGUAAACCAUGCGCUGCGAGGUGCGAUGAAUUAUGUACUGAAGGAUUAUUUAUUAUUUAUUGUUCAGUUGGAAAUGGAACAUUUGCGACAUAAAUUAAAUUUACAAAAUUUAUGGUUUUACAUUCAACCGAUAAUGAGUACGAUGUCGAUACUUGCCCAGAUGACAACAAUUCUUUCAAAGGCUCAAGCUAAAGGUGGCAAAGUAUUGAGUUUACUUUAUGAGCAAAUUAACAAUAUGAGUGGUGAAGCAAAGUGUAAAGAGCUUGGCUUAUUUUUAAUUGAAUCAGCAAGUUUGCCAUACAUGCAAAUAUUAGAAAAAUGGGUCUACAAAGGAGUCAUUUGUGAUCCAUACCAAGAGUUUUUCGUAGAGGACAAUGAAUUAAUCCAACGUGAAGAGUUACCAAUGGAUUACUCUGCUGAUUAUUGGGAAAAGCGCUAUACAAUGAAAUCUGAAAGAAUACCUAGUUUUCUUAAUCAACAUGCUCAUACAAUAUUGCGUACUGGGAAGUAUUUCAAUGUUAUUCGUCAAUGUGGAAAAAUGAUAAAAUGGAUAAAGCAAGAACCACUAAUUUAUCAUUAUAGAGAUCAGAAAUUGAUAUUUACUAUUGAUCAAGCCUAUAACGAAGCAGCCCGCACCUUGUUAGAAGUACUAAUUCAUGAAAAUGAUUUGAUGGGCCGUUUAAAAAGUGUUAAAAAUUAUUUUUUAUUAUCACAAGGAGAUUUCGUAGUACAAUUUUUGAAUUUAUGUGAAAAUGAAUUGAGUAAAAAUAUGUAUGAUAUUGUCAUUCAUCGAUUAGCUUCGUUAUUAGAAGUUUCAUUGAGAACGUCAACGGCUGAUUUAGAUCCUUAUAAAGAUGAUCUUAAGCCUGAACUUUUACCUUAUGAUUUGCAAUUUCAGAUGUUUCGUAUUUUGUCAAUUCAAACAAGUGAUGAAAAAGAAUUCGCAUUUCAAGCAGGAAAACGAUUGGAUGGUAUUGAAGCGUUUGCAUUUAAUUAUGAUGUGAAGUGGCCAGUGUCUUUAGUGAUUAAUAGAAAAGCAAUAGCAUGUUAUCAAAUGUUAUUCCGUCAUUUAUUUAGUUGCAAACAUAUUGAAAGACUUUUAUGCAGAGUAUGGAUUAGUAAUAAAAUAGCCAAAACAUUUACCCACACUGCAGCAAUGGCUUAUCGGCAAGCGUUUUCGUUGCGACACCGUAUGUUAGAUUGCAUUCAACAUUUAGAAUAUUAUAUGAUGGUUGAAGUUAUUGAACCGAACUGGCAAACAUUCAUUAGUAAAAUGAGCAAAGUAACUAAUGUUGAUGAUGUAUUGACUGUUCAUCAAGAUUUACAAGACAGUUAUUUGAAAGAAUGUAUGCUAACCGAUCCUGAGUUAUUAUCAUCUAUCACUGGAAUAUGUAAUAUUUGCAAACAAUUCUGUAAUUUUAUUCAGAGUAUGAGUUGUUACUACAUUGACGCUGAAUUGUCAUCAAUGAUUGAAGAGCAUCACCGUGAAUGUUUUAUUUAUGAGGAGAAUAAAACAAAGUCAAUCGUCAGUGGAAGUUUCAAAGAGACAAUUGAAUUAUUAGAUGUUCAAUUUACUGAUGCCUUACAUCGUUUAUUAAAUCGUAUUAUUACAUUAGGAUGUAAUAAUGACUUUGAAAAAUUACUCAACGUUUUAUGCAGAUUGGACUUUAAUCUUUUUUAUACUGAUUUGAUGGCUGAUAAAAGUUCUGAGGUAACACAACAAUAUGAAAUAUCUGGCUGACAAAUAAAAAAAAAUUCCAUAAUUAUUAAAGAUAAACCAACGUAACAUAGCACUGUAAAUUGUGGAAGACAAUUUAUGGUUUUAAUAUUUUUAUCGCAAAAUUAUUUUUUUAAAUUAUGUCUUUUAGAAAGUAUCAAUAAUUGUUAUAUUAUACAUGCUUAAAUAUAGUAUAAUGCAAUAAUAUAAAAAAUAAAUCCUCUGUUUGAACACCUAUA